AUGUCUUCUUCAAGAUUUGUUUUGGAUUGGAAUUGGAAAGAUUUCUGUGGAAACGGAGAUAACUUUACAGUUUGGAAUCAGACUUUCAAAGACUUGGACUUAUGUUUUCAGUAUCUAUGUUUGAAUACACCAAUAUUGACAUUGAUCGCUGUCAUAUCAGCAUACUACAGUGGAUUGUGGUAUGUUGAAACCAGAAGGUGCAAAAGAGAUAUAUGGUUCCUUAGAGUUAGAUGUUUAGCAACUUUAUUACUUGCUGCUGUACCUGUUAUUAGUUCGUAUAUUACUGAAACAUUGUACCCCAGUUCAUUGAACCCUGUAGAUUAUCUUUUAGCUUCAGUUCAGUGUGUUUCAUGGCUUGUUCAUUUUUCAUUUAUACUGUCGCUCUCUCAUCGACAUAGCAAAACAUUACGUGGACCCAUUUUAAUUAUUGUAUUAUGGGCAGUGAAUUACAUAUUGUCAUUUAUAAAAGUUCACUCAAACUAUUUAAUCCUUAGACACCCAGUGAGUUCAUUAUAUGGAUCCCGAUUGCCUUACAUCUUUUCAAUAAUUGAAGUGGCUUUUCAAAGUGUUUACCUUUUUACUCUGUUGCCUGAAGGAAAAAGUAGUCCAAGGCUGAUUUUUGGACCAAUAUCUGCUCAUACUCAGGCAGAUGAACAGACUCCAUUAUUUGCUGUACCCAGUGCUUAUUCAAGAUUUAGAGAAGAUUUGGAUCCUAGCUAUCUGGGUGUUGCUUAUGAAGGAUGUGGGAUCGAGUCCAAAUUGUUCUUUUCCUGGGUGAACCCUCUAAUGGAAAAAGGAGUUUCAGGGAAACUCACCUCUUCUGAAGAACUUUUUGAUCUACCUGAUAAACUUCUAACUAGCAACCUAAAUUUAAAAUUAAGGAAAGCAUUGAACAAAAGUGUUUAUGAAACAGCUACUCCCAGCGUGUCUUUGUUGAAAGCAUUACACAGUUGUUUUUGGAAAGAAUUUUAUGGCAUUGGGAUAUUCAGACUAGUCUCCGAUUUAUCUGGAUUCGCUGGUCCAUUGUUAUUACAUAGUUUAGUCUCAUUUAUAGAAAAUAAAGAUGAGCAGGUUGUGAAUGGAUAUAUGUAUGCUUUAGGGCUAUUCAUAGCAAGCUUAAUAGGUGCUUUUUGCUCUGCCCACUUUAACUUUAUGAUGUCAUUUGUUGGUCUGAGGAUACGUGGUGCAUUAAUUUCAACUUUGUACAGAAAAACAUUGUCUCUUAACUCCAUUAUGAUAUCACAGUUCAGUACAGGAGAAAUUUUGAACUUUAUGAGUACGGAUAUGGAACGUAUAGUUAACUCGUGUCCUAGCUUUCAUGCAUUUUGGAGUAUACCUUUUCAGAUUGUGGUAACACUGUACUUGUUGUAUCGGCAAGUAGGGAUUUCGUUUCUAGCUGGAGUUGGAUUCACAAUAAUUUUAAUACCCAUAAACAAAUUGCUAGCUACGUAUAUAGGAAAAUUGAGCACUAAAACAAUGGGAUACAAAGACGAUAGAAUCCUUGUUAUAUCUGAACUUCUGAAAGGAAUCAAGAUAAUUAAAUUUUUUGUCUGGGAAGAAUAUUUUUUGAAGAAGGUCGGAGAUAUUCGUUCUAAAGAAAUGAAAUAUUUAUCACUGAGGAAAUAUUUAGAUGCAUUGUGCGUUUAUUUCUGGGCAACUACGCCUGUUCUUAUAUCGUUCUUUACAUUCCUUACAUAUAUUUAUUUAGGGAAUACGUUAACAGCUCCAGUGGUGUUUACCACAAUCGCUCUUUUAAACAUGCUUAUAACACCUUUAAAUGCUUUUCCAUGGGUAUUGAACGGCCUGACUGAAGCUUUGGUGUCAGUGAGAAGAAUUGAAAAAUUAUUGAUGCUUCCUGAUUGCGACAUUGAUGACUAUUAUACCCCUAUCUAUGGCGAUGAAAGUCCAGGAACCGUUAUCGUCGAAAAUGGAAACUUUUUUUGGGGAGAUUUAAAUUUCAGACUGAAUUCAAUUAAUGUAAAAAUAACCGAGGGUCAGCUUGUUGGCGUGAUUGGUAAAACUGGAAGUGGAAAGUCAUCGCUGUUGGCAGCUCUACUUGCAGAGAUUGAUAAAAUAUCUGGUUUGGUGUUUUGUUCUGGUCAUGAUCAAGGUAUCGGUUACGUAUCCCAGACACCAUGGCUUCAUCAGGGUACUUUGCAAGAAAAUGUGCUCUUUGGCGAACCUUUCAUUUCACAGAAAUAUUGGAAUGUAAUGGAAGCUUGUGCAUUGACUUUUGAUCUAGAAACUCUCCCGGGAAGGGACAAUACAGGGAUUAGUGACAGCGGCUCCAACCUCAGUGGUGGCCAGAAAGCUAGAAUAGCACUCGCUAGAGCUGUGUAUCAGAAUUGUUCUAUAUACUUGUUGGAUGAUAUAUUGUCCGCUGUCGAUACUUAUGUCGCUAAACAUAUUUAUUCGCAAUGUAUCUGUGGCGUGCUUAGAGGUAAAACACGUAUUCUCUGUACACAUCAGACCAAAUAUUUAACUAAUGCAGAUUUGAUUAUUGUCAUGGACGGUGGAAGGAUAAUCAAGCAAGGACCACCAUCUGAAAUUUUACCCAAUUAUUUGGAACUCUUGACCGAUGAGGAAUUAGAAAUUGCAGAACCUUCUUCUAAAAAUGAAGCCAAGAGUGACCUAAAGAAAUCAACUUCGCUUGAUAGCGUACUUCUUGAAGAACACAAAUACAGUGGUAAUAUUGAGAUGAAAGUAUAUUUGAAAUACUUCUCCUCUAUGGGCUGCUUUGUGAUGUUAUCGAUUCUACUUUCUAUGCUUCUGAUGCAAGGUACAAGAAACGUUGUUGAUUUGUGGCUUUCAAUUUGGGUCUCCAGUCUUUCCAAUGGCACAAAUGUUACUACAGUCGAUUUGAUGGAAGUGGAAGAAUAUUACCAGGACAAUACAACUUAUUACUUGAUUGUUUACUGCUCGCUAGCCGGUGCUAAUUCAUUAUUCACGCUUGCUCGAGCGUUUUUGUUUGCUUAUGGUGGUCUAAGAGCGGCAAGGAGAUUGCAUGAUACACUCUUACAAGUUGUUAUUAGGGCUAAAACUUAUUUUUUCGACAUUACUCCAGUCGGCAGAAUUUUAAACAGAUUUUCUUCCGACAUUUAUACAGUUGAUGAUUCCUUACCAUUUAUUUUAAAUAUUUUAUUAGCCCAGUUCUUCAGUGUUGUAGGAAUGAUAUUUAUUACAAUCUACGGUUUACCAUGGGUUUGGCUCGCCUUGGCUCCGUUGAUCCCUGUUUACCAUUGGCUGCAGAACCAUUAUCGGCUGACUUCGAGGGAGUUGAAGCGCUUGAGCAGCAUGAGCCUCUCCCCGAUGUAUACCCACUAUAACGAUACUUUACAAGGAUUGGUGACCAUCAGGGCGUUUAAAGCCGCAUCUAGAUUUAAACACGAUAAUGGCUGUUACUUAGAAUGCAAUCAAAAAGCCCAGCUGAGCAGCAGCGCAGCUUCACAGUGGUUAGGCCUGAGGCUGCAACUGAUCGGAGUAACGAUGCUUACUAGUGUUGCCUUUUUAGCCGUUCUUCAACAUCACCUUGAUUUAGCUGAUGCAGGGCUUGUUGGUCUAGCUAUAUCUUACGCCCUCGGACUUACUGUCUCUCUCGGAGGAAUUGUGAAUGCAUUUACGGAAACCGAGAGAGAGAUGAUUUCAGUCGAGAGGAUUAAUCAAUAUUCUCCUGAAACAGAUAAGACUUUCGAAAUCGAAGAACAGAAGUAUUCUAUCGCUGUACCGUUUGGAUGGCCUGCGCAGGGAGUUAUUUCCUUCAAUAAUGUUUACUUCAGGUAUAGGAGCCAUCUUCCUUAUUCCUUGACCAAUGUAAAUUUCACAACGUUCCCGGCUGAGCGGAUAGGAGUUAUUGGAAGAACUGGUGCUGGGAAAUCUUCACUCAUUGCAGCUCUCUUCAGGCUUUGCGAAGUCUCCGAGGGUUCCAUCACGAUAGACAACGUUAACAUCAAACUCAUUUCACUCAGAGAACUUAGGUCUCGGAUGGGAGUUAUACCACAAGAUCCGUUCAUAUUCAGCGGCAGCGUGCGAUCGAAUCUGGAUCCUUGGGAUCACCACAGUGACGGGGAGCUCUGGGAUGUUCUCAGGAAAGCUAAUUUGGUAACAAUUAUAAGAAAUCUCGGUGGUUUGAGGACAGCCCUUACUAAGGGUUCUCUUUCAUCCGGCCAAUUACAGCUGCUGUGCCUCGCUAGAGCACUACUUCACAACGCAAAGAUCAUAUGCAUCGAUGAAGCCACUGCUAAUGUCGACGAAGCUACUGACAGGGUCAUACAGCAAAUGAUACGAAAUAAUUUUAAGCACAGUACUGUUAUAACGAUUGCUCACAGGGUGCGAACCAUUCUAGAUAGUCAUAGGGUUUUAGUAAUGAGUAAUGGUCAGGUGUUAGAAUUCGAUACUCCCAGUAGGUUACUCAAAGAUAAGUCUUCUUAUUUUUACCAAGUGGCCAACGAUUCAACAUUUCUUUGA